AUGAAUGCCAUCUACCGAAUGGUCCAAGAGACCCAAGAUUCGCUUUCCGAUGAGGCUCUCCUACCCCUUAAGUCCUACAAGUAUUCGGCUGUCGACAAGUCGUUCAUUUCUCGGUACAUCUUGAAGCACUACUGGAAUGCUUUUGUCGAGGUUGUGCCGAUGUGGAUGGCCCCGAACAUGGUGACCCUUCUUGGGUUCAUGUGGAUCGUGGCCAACGUGUUCAUUAUUCAGAUUUUUGUGCCAGAUAUGGUGGGACCCGGCCCCGCAUGGAUUUACUACAGCUUCGCUCUUGGCAUGUGGAUGUAUUCUACUCUUGACAAUGUGGAUGGUAAACAGGCACGCCGAACCGGAACGUCCAGUGGACUCGGAGAACUUUUUGAUCACGGUAUCGACUCUUUGAACUGCACGCUUGCCAGUCUGCUUUCGACGGCCGCUAUGGGAUUCGGAGCCACUCAUCUUGGUGCUUGGACCGCAAUCGUGCCUUGCCUGGCCAUGUAUUUCUCGACAUGGGAGACCUUCCAUACCCACACGCUUUACCUAGGUUACUUCAAUGGUCCGACCGAGGGCCUUCUCAUCGCCAUUGGAAUCAUGGUUGCUUCUGGAAUUUGGGGCCCCGGAAUGUGGUCUCAGCCGAUUGUUGGGUUCCUUAACUUCCCCCAAAUCUUCGGCAACAGCUCGAUCAAGGACCUCUGGGUGCCCAUUCUCCUGGGUGGCUUUUUGCUCGGCCAUCUUCCCGGAUGUGUUAUGAAUGUUGCUGAAUCCCGCAAGAAGCAGGGCUUGCCGCUCACCCCGUUGCUUAAGGAGUGGGUGCCUAUGCUCGUCUUCACCUUCGCCAAUAUCGCCUGGCUGUUCUCGCCUUAUUCGACUGUUCUUUCCGGCAACCACCUGAUUUUGUUCUGCUGGGUCAUCGCAUUUGUCUUCGGACGCAUGACCACCAUGAUCAUUUUGGCCCAUCUUCUGAGACAGCCCUUCCCCCUCUGGACCGUGAUGCAGGCUCCCCUUAUUGGCGGUGCGGUCCUCAUCAACCUGCCCAUGAUCGGCUUCCCGGUUAUUGCCCCAUGGCUGGAACUGCUGUACCUCCGUCUAUACUUCCUCUUCGCCCUGGUCAUCUACAUGCACUGGGCGGUCCUUGUCAUCAACCGCAUCACUACUUUCCUCGGUAUCAACUGCCUGACUAUCCGAAAGGAUAGGGGCGCCGCGAGAGAUAGAGCUUAUCGUAACCUCGGUGAAUCGUCCCACAUAACUCAGUCUCGCGCUUCGACUGACACAUCCAAGAUACAUUGA